AUGUUCUUGAACCAAGAGAAUCAGAGUGCUGAGGUCACUUUCAUUCUCUCGGGCUUCUCAGAGUACCCGGAACUCCAGCUGCCCCUCCUCCUGGUGUUCCUGACCGUCUACACGGUCACGGUGCUGGGCAACCUGGGCGUGGUCCUGACCAUCAAGCUCAGUCCCAGUCUCCACACCCCCAUGUACUUCUUCCUCAGCCACUUGUCCUUUGCUGACUUCUGUUACUCUACAGUGGUUAUACCCAAACUGCUGGAAAACUUGGUUGUAGAAGACAGAACUGUCUCCUUCACAGGAUGCAUCCUGCAGUUCUUCUUUGCCUGCAUGUUUGUUGUGACAGAGACUUACAUGUUGGCAGCGAUGGCCUAUGACAGAUUUGUGGCCGUUUGUAGCCCUCUUCUCUACGCAGCUGUGAUGUCUCAGAAGCGCUGUUCCUUGUUGGUGGCUGUGUCAUACUCUUGGAGUGUGGCUUGUUCCCUAACGUACACAUACUUUUUGUUGACCUUAUCCUUUUGUGGGUCUAACAUCAUAAAUAACUUUGUGUGUGAAUACUCUGCCAUUGUUGCUGUUUCCUGCUCUGACCCCUACAUUAGCCAGGAGGUCCUUUUAGUCUCUGCCACAUUCAAUGAAGUAAGCAGCCUGAUGAUCAUUCUCACUUCCUAUGUUUUCAUUUUUAUCACUGUCAUGAAGAUGCCUUCUACUGGGGGGCGCCACAAAGCCUUCUCCACCUGUGCCUCCCACCUGACCGCUGUCACCAUCUUCCAUGGGACCAUCCUUUUUCUCUACUGUGUCCCUAACUCCAAAAGUUCAUGGCUCAUGGUCAAGGUGGCCUCUGUCUUUUACACCGUGGUCAUCCCCAUGCUGAACCCUCUGAUCUACAGCCUCAGGAACAAAGAUGUGAAGGAGUCAGUGAAGAAAUUAAUCAAUAUUAAAUUGUUCUGUGAAAAAGUGUAA